CAUCAUCCAUCUUCCUCAUCCAUGGCAUAAAGCCGCGCCCGCCGCUCUCGGCUCCGCCUCCGCGCACCCCGCUCCAAUGGCCGCCACGGCUGUGACCCUGCCCUCGUCGGGCGUCCCCUUCCCCGUCUCCAACACCGCCGCACGGCGCUGCCUGCUUCUCCCCUCCCCGCUUCCCCGCCGAGCUCUCCGCGUCGUCGUCUCCGCGGCCACCGAGGCGCCGCCCAAGCCGACGCCACCGCCGACCUCGCCCUCCGGCAUCGUGCUCGUUGACCCCUCCGAGGCCCAGAGAGUGCACCGGCUUAAGGCCGUCUACGAGCAGAAGGUCGUCCCGCUCAUCACCGAGGAGUUCGGCUACACCAAUGUCCACCAGGUGCCCAAGGUUGAGAAGAUUGUGGUGAACUGCGGUCUGGGCGCAGAGGCGGGGAACUCCAAGGGGCUGGAGGCCGCCAUGAAGGACCUCGCCAAUAUCACCGGCCAGUGGCCCGUCAAGACCAAGGCCAAGAAGUCCGUGGCCAGCUUCAAGAUCCGUGAGGGAAACACCAUCGGUAUCGCAGUCACCCUCCGCGGCAGGAUAAUGUACAACUUCCUGGAUAGGCUCAUCAACCUUGGGCUUCCUAGGACCAUGGACUUUCUCGGUGUCAACCCCAACAGCUUCGACGGGCACGGCAACUACAGUCUUGGCCUCCGUGAUCAGGGCGUGUUCCCUGAGAUCCCCUACGAGGUGGGUGGGAAGAAGAACGGCAUGGACGUGUGCAUCGUCACCACCGCCAAGACGGACAACGAGGCCUUCAGGCUGCUCGCUCUCCUCGGCAUGCCGUUCUCGGAAAAUAUCAAGCAGGACGUGGUGAUCCGGAAGAAGAGGUUGAAGCGCCACCACUUCUUGAGCAAGGGCAAGGGCAAGGGAGGAAGAAAGUGAGGAGAGGAACCCACGGUCUUGUUAAUUGUGAUCUUUUUGCAGGGUUUGGUUUAGAAAUCUGAUGUUGCUGUUGCUGUCUCUCAAUUCUGUAACUGUUGUACUUAAAAAAGGUCAGCAUUCGGAAUGCAAAAGCUUUGCCUUGGUCA